AUGCUCAGUUCAUGCUUAAACAAGGGGAGGUGCAGCGUCCUCCUCUGUCUUUUGGUGCUGUCGGGGGCAGCAGCAGCAGCAGCAGCAGCAGCAGCAGCAACAGCAACAGGCGGUGGAUGGGAGGCAGCAGCAACAGAAAACCCAGAGACAUCGUUACUGGAGCCUGAGUCUUUAGUAGGAGACGAAGCUGAGCUGCAGCACGACUACCACUCUGCUGGGUUAGAGAAGGAAUCAACAGCAACAGCAGCAGCAGCAACAGCAACAGCAGCAGCAACAGGCAUAACAACAACAACAGCAGCAGCAGAUUCUCCCAUCCCUCUACCCCCUGAACCCCAAGAAGAUGAAGCUGCUGAGGAUAUUGCUUCAGACAUCUCUUCUCUUGAUGGGGGCAGGAUAGAGCUGAGGCUCCCUGACGGCACCAGUGUAGGUCACCUGCAGGUUCAUAGCAAAGGCAUAACUACAGCCUCUCAAUACGAGGUGGAGCCGCUGAAGCAGCAGCAGCAGCAACAGCAGCAGCAGCAGCAGCAGCAGCAGCAGCAACAGCAGCAGCAACAAUGGCCGAAUCAAUGA